UACGAGCUUGUGACUGAGCCGUCGGAGCUAGCCAGCUUUAACCUUAACACACAUCCACCGCGCGCGCCAUGAUUUGAGGCUGCAAAAGGAAAAGGCUGGCGAUAGGAAGAGAGAGAGAGAGACUAAGCGAGUGGAGCUGAAGUGGGAGCUGCCUCAGAUUGUCCGAAGGGGCAGCAUUUCUCCAUCUAGUUCCGGUUGCUCUGUCUGCGUUGCAUGCCAUUUGGAACUGCAACAAUAGGUUGCCACCAUCUGAGAGGGGAAUUUAUUUUUGUUUUUCAAGCAGACUGACUCUUUUUAAUGCUAGAUAAACAUGAGCUCCUAUUUUGUUAACCCUCUUUUUUCCAAGUACAAAGGCGGCGAAACGUUAGAGCCAACUUACUACGACUGCAGGUUUCCACAGAGCGUUGCCCGAAGCCACACGCUUGUGUACGGACAUGGAGCAGCUGCGCCGGGCUUUCAACACCCGUCGCAUCACGUACAGGACUUUUUCCAUCACGGGACCACAGGUAUCACCAACCCCGGCUAUCAACAGAACCCUUGUGCGUUGGCAUGUCACGGAGACGCUACGAAAUUUUACGGAUACGAAGCUCUUCCGAGGCAACCGCUGUACGGUACCCAACAAGAGGCCAGCUUAGCGCAAUACCCAGACUGUAAAUCGUCCAAUAGCACUAACCCCGGAGAAGGACAAGGCCACUUAAGUCAGAACUCCUCUCCGAGCCUCAUGUUCCCAUGGAUGCGGCCUCACGCUCCAGGGAGACGCAACGGAAGGCAGACGUACAGCCGUUACCAGACUCUCGAGCUGGAGAAAGAGUUCCUCUUCAACCCGUACCUCACGCGCAAGCGCCGUAUUGAAGUGUCCCACGCGCUGAGCUUAACCGAACGGCAGGUGAAGAUCUGGUUUCAGAAUCGCCGAAUGAAGUGGAAAAAGGAAAAUAACAAAGACAAAUUUCCGGGCCAGAGAGGAGAGGCUGAGGCGGAGGCCGAAGAAGAGGGCAACGAGGACGGCGAGGUGGAGGAAGGAGAAGACAAGGAAACGGAAGAGAAAGAGGAAAGCAAGGAGUGAUUUUAUGGUCUUUUUUUAUGGUUAUAUGGCAGAUAUCGAAGAGGUCUCGCGAAUGGGCAAUGAAAGAGAAGACGCGCCAAUUUUAUUACAAACAGUUGGGUCAAAAAGUGAGAAAAUCCCCCUCUAUACAAAAGCACCCUAAAACCUGCCCAAAGAAAAAAAAAACGUUUUUUUUUUUUUUACCAACACACGAGGACUUUUACCAUUAGCGAAAAGUGGAUCUGUGCGUUUGACAAAUUACUCAAAGAGACAGACUAACAGCAACACAGUGACCCAUCGUUUUACUUAGGGAAAUGUAAGCAGCAUGAGAAGCAUAUAACGGAAAUAAACAUUAAUUUCAUACUUUAUGAAGAUG